AUGAGUGAAAAGAAAGAAUCAGCGGAUAAGCUUAACGUCUUAACUGUGAAAAAGCCAACAACGUCUCUCCUCACUUUGGGCGGCAAUGCUACUGGAUCAGGACGCAACAAAGUAGCUUUGAAACCUGGCUUCUCUCUGGUCGGCUGGGUGAAGCACGCUUCAAGCAAUGACAAUCUCUCCGGAAUCACAGGGCCACGCAUCGAUGUGACACUGGACGAGUUGAAGAAGCACGAUCAGCCUGACGAUUGUUGGAUGGCAAUUCGCGGAAAGGUGUACAAUGUGACCGCCUAUGUCGACUACCACCCUGGAGGGGUUGAAGAGCUGAUGAGGGGAGCUGGAACCAAUGCCACUGAACUGUUUGAUGAAACUCACAGUUAUGUCAAUUUUGAAACACUCCUUCAAAAGUGCUAUGUCGGUCGACUCGUUGGCUACGAUUGA